UCCCCAACAGAAAAAGUAGCAGAAAAAAGAGAAAGACAGAAAAUGAAGGGUCUCUAUUUUCACCUCUUCCUAGUAACCAUGACGGUCGUUGCCUCCAUCUCCGCUGCUACACCGGCGGCUCCAGCGGGAGGAGGAUCUUUGUUAGACGAAUGUAGCAAAGAUAUUCAGACGGUGAGUUUGUGUUUGGAUUUCGCGUCCGGGAAGGCACCAAAUCCGUCUAAGAAGUGCUGUGACGCUAUCGAAGAUAUAAAAGAGAAAGAUCCAAAGUGUUUGUGUUUCGUGAUACAACAAGCCAAGUCAGGAGGACAAACUUUGAAGGAUCUUGGUGUUCAAGAAGCUAAACUAAUUCAACUUCCGACUUCUUGUCAGCUCCACAACGCUAGCAUCUCCAACUGUCCAAAACUUCUCGGGAUUUCGCCAAGCUCGCCAGACGCAGCCAUAUUCACAAGCAAUGCCACCACAACAACAACACCGGUGGCACCGGGAGGAACGUCUCCGGCAACUCCAGCGACGUCUAGCGAGAAAGGAGGAUCAGCUUCCAUAAAAGAUGGUCACGCCGUCAUGCUUUUAGCCGUCGCUUUAAUGAGCAUCUCCUUCCUCUCGACCUUGCCUUGGAUGGGUUUGGCCUAGACUGUAGGCACGUGAUGCUUUGCCAAGGCACGUGACACUAGGGAUGCAAUCUUUUUUUUUUUUAAUUGUGUGGAGCUUGUCUCAAAAUUUUAAGACUAUCUUGUCAAGUGUGUUUCUUGGUUCAGACCAUUUGUUGUAAUGAGUGAACUUACCCCCACUUAAUCUGAUCACAUUCCUAGUUAAUCUCA